GUGUCCUUACUGGUUAUACUGGUCUCUGUGGUUUCAUUAUCUUCAAUUUUUCAAAGUUCCUGUUAUAUUUAAUUUUUGUUUGUGAAUUACGAUUAAUUACAAUUGGUUACGUCAAUCUCAGUGCAGGAACUAAGAUCAAUCGAAAGAAGGAGAUAGCGCAACAGCAGGUGCCAGUUGUUAUAAGUCGCGGAAAUUGUGGCAAGUGUAUCAGAAGCGCGAAUCAACUGAUUAAUUAUGCAUUCCAUGAAGACGCCGCGUAUUCUUUCGAUUCAGAGUCAUGUAGUGUCAGGCUACGUCGGCAAUAAGAGCGCUACUUUUCCGUUGCAGUUAUUAGGCUUUGAGGUCGAUGCAAUUAAUUCUGUACAGUUGUCCAAUCAUACUGGUUACAAAACAUUUAAAGGCCAAGUACUCAAUGAUAAAGAUUUAGAGGACCUAGUUGACGGUUUAGCGCAAAAUGGCUUAGACAAUUAUACACACUUGUUAACUGGAUAUAUUGGUUCUGCCUCCUUUUUGAAAAGAGUGGCAUUACUAGUCACAACUUUGAAAGCCAAAAAUCCAAAUCUUACAUAUGUUUGUGAUCCUGUUAUGGGUGACAAUGGCAAGAUGUAUGUCCCAGAACCACUGAAAAACAUUUACAAAGAGGAGAUAAUACCAUUAGCGGAUAUAGUAACUCCAAACCAAUUUGAAUUAGAAUUACUUACAAAUGAAAAAAUCACUAAUAUGAGUGAAUUGCAAAAUGCUAUUAAAAAAUUACAUCGUAAUGGACCAAAAACUGUAGCUAUAUCAUCAACUGAUCUUAGCGAGAAACUGACGGCAGUAGUGAGCGCAGCGAAAGAUAAUACAUUAAUAAAAGUAGAUAUUCCUAAAAUACCAGCAACUUUCACGGGUUCUGGAGACCUCUUUACCGCGUUAUUUCUUGCCCACGUAUACUUACAAAAUGACAUGAAAGUCAUCAUGGAAAAAACUAUUAAUUCUCUGUAUAGCGUGCUGCUUAAUACGUAUGAAUAUUCUAAAGCGUAUAUAGAUACCGAAGCACAAUCAGCCAGGAAAAUCGAAUUACGACUUAUACAAAGUAAAAACAGUAUUGAAAAUCCAAAAAUUCAUCUACUUGCGGAAUUCUUAUAA